UACAUUCCUAGGCUAUUACUCAAGUAAAGGCCAACCUAAAUCCUGAACACUGUCUUCCUGCCUUGUAAGCCCAUUCCAAGUCAGGGGUUUUCGUUUUUGAUUGUUGGAAAAGACCUAGAGAAUCAAGACACAAUGGGAGCAUUUUUAGACAAACCAAAGAUGGAAAAACAUAAUGCCCAGGGGCAGGGUAAUGGGUUGCGAUAUGGGCUAAGCAGCAUGCAAGGCUGGCGAGUUGAAAUGGAGGAUGCACAUACUGCUGUGAUCGGUUUGCCAAGUGGACUUGAAACAUGGUCGUUCUUUGCUGUGUAUGAUGGGCAUGCUGGUUCUCAGGUUGCCAAAUACUGCUGUGAGCAUUUGUUAGAUCACAUCACCAAUAACCAGGAUUUUAAAGGGUCUGCAGGAGCACCUUCUGUGGAAAAUGUGAAGAAUGGAAUCAGAACAGGUUUCCUGGAGAUUGAUGAACAUAUGAGAGUUAUGUCGGAGAAGAAACACGGUGCUGACAGAAGUGGGUCAACAGCUGUGGGUGUCCUCAUUUCUCCUCAACACACCUACUUCAUUAACUGUGGAGACUCAAGAGGGUUACUGUGUAGGAACAGGAAAGUUUACUUCUUCACACAAGAUCACAAACCAAGUAAUCCGCUGGAAAAAGAACGAAUUCAGAAUGCAGGUGGUUCUGUAAUGAUUCAGCGUGUGAAUGGCUCUCUGGCUGUGUCGAGGGCCCUUGGGGACUUUGAUUACAAAUGUGUCCAUGGAAAAGGUCCUACAGAGCAGCUUGUUUCACCAGAGCCUGAAGUCCAUGAUAUUGAAAGAUCUGAAGAAGAUGAUCAAUUCAUUAUUCUUGCAUGUGAUGGUAUUUGGGAUGUCAUGGGAAAUGAAGAGCUCUGUGAUUUUGUAAGAUCCAGACUUGAAGUCACUGAUGACCUUGAGAAAGUUUGCAAUGAAGUAGUCGACACCUGUUUGUAUAAGGGAAGUCGAGACAACAUGAGUGUGAUAUUGAUCUGUUUUCCAAAUGCACCCAAAGUAUCACCAGAAGCAGUGAAGAAGGAGGAAGAGUUGGACAAAUACCUGGAAAGCAGAGUAGAAGAAAUCAUAAAGAAGCAGGGGGAAGGCGUCCCUGACUUAGUCCAUGUGAUGCGCACAUUAGCGAGUGAGAACAUACCCAGCCUCCCACCAGGGGGUGAACUGGCAAGCAAGCGGAAUGUAAUUGAAGCUGUUUACAAUAGACUGAAUCCAUAUAAAAAUGAUGACACCGACUCUACAUCAACUGAUGAUAUGUGGUAAAACUGCUCAUCUAGCCACGGAGUUUACCUUCACCUCCAAAGGAGAGUGCAGCUCAACUUCAUUGAACCUUUUAAACAUACAUCCUCAACUUUAAAGAAGGGCAUAUAUGACAUGGGUGAGAGUGAUGACACCAGAGAACUUCAGCAGUACAACAGCUAGCCCAGAACUGAUUUUUUGUUGUUGUUGUAAAUUUGAGACUUAUGUAAACGUGAUUUCAAACCAUAAUUCAUAUGUUGUAAAUCAGACUCCAGCAAUUUUUGUUGUAUGAUUUUGUUUUUUGUAAAGUGUAAUUGUCCUUGUACAAAAUGCUCAUAUUUAAUUAUGAACUGCUUUAAAUCACUAUCGAAGUUAUAAGAAAUAUUUGGCUUAUUGUGUGAUGCAACAGAUAUAUAGCCCUUUCAAGUCAUGUUGUGUUUGGACUUGGGGUUGGGACAGGAAGAGCAGCAGCCGUGUCAGCUAGACACUCACAUGUGCACCUGAUUAUGGAGAAUUAUUCCAAAAUAUUACUACAAAGCUGAAUAUCCAGGGAGUUAAUUGAAAACUCUUUUAAUGUUCUUGGCAGUGGGAUUGGAAUUGUUGAUAAAGUUGAUCCCUUCAUUUAACUGUCUUUUAGGUUCUCUCCUUGUUGCCAUGAGUAUUGCAGGUAAUAGAAUAUAUUCAUAAGAAUAUCAAUCUUGGGGCUAAAAUGCCUUGAUUCUUUGCACCUCUUUUACAAGUCCUUACAUUUAAUUACUAAUUGAUAAGCAGCAGCUUCCUACAAAUAGUAGGAGACUGCCACAUUUUUGCUAUCAUGAUUGGCUGGGCCUGCUGCUGUUCCUAGUAAGAUAUUCUGAAUUCCAUUUUAUCAAUAAAGCUUGAUUUAACAAACAAGAAA